UCGGCGGCGCUGGCUUCCGUCUUAAAGGGGCCGCGGCGGCCGGAGGAGGAGGAGGUGGGACGCUUCGCGGCCUGCGCUCCUUGCCUCCCCGCCUCGGCCUGGUCGUUUAACCGAUUCUUUCGCCCACAGGUCACAAUCCAAGGUCCCGCUCCUCCGCGUCCCGGGGUCGGACGGAGGGAUGAGGCAGGGGCGGGCCGGGCAGCGCCGUUGCUGCUCCCCCCGCCGCCUGCAGCCAUGGAAACGGGGGAGGACGGCGCCCGCAGAGGUACACAAAGCCCAGAGCGGAAAAGGCGAAGCCCAGUGCCGCGGGCGCCCAGCACGAAGCUGAGGCCGGCGGCUGCGGCCCAGGCCAUGGAUCCAGUGGAGGCCGAGGCCCCGAGAGAGGCCUACUUGGCGCGGCGGCGGCCGGAGGGCGGCGGCGGUUCUUCGCGGCCGCGCUACAGCCUUUUGGCGGAGAUCGGGCGCGGCAGCUACGGCGUGGUUUACGAGGCAGUGGCCGGGCGCAACGGGGCCCGGGUGGCGGUCAAGAAGAUCCGCUGCGACGCCCCCGAGAACGUGGAGCUGGCGCUGGCUGAAUUCUGGGCCCUGACCAGCCUCAAGCGGCGCCACCAGAACGUCGUGCAGUUUGAGGAGUGUGUCCUGCAGCGCAACGGGCUAGCCCAGCGCAUGAGCCAUGGCAACAAGAGCUCGCAGCUUUACCUGCGCCUGGUGGAGACCUCGCUCAAAGGAGAAAGGAUCCUGGGUUAUGCUGAGGAACCCUGCUAUCUCUGGUUUGUCAUGGAGUUCUGUGAAGGUGGAGACCUGAAUCAGUACGUCCUGUCUCGGAGGCCGGACCCAGCCACCAACAAAAGCUUCAUGCUACAACUCACAAGCGCCAUUGCCUUCCUGCACAAAAACCACAUCGUGCACAGGGACCUAAAGCCAGACAACAUCCUCAUCACGGAGCGGUCUGGCACCCCCAUCCUCAAGGUGGCAGACUUUGGACUAAGCAAGGUCUGUGCCGGGCUGGCACCCCGAGGCAAAGAAGGCAAUCAAGACAACAAAAAUGUGAAUGUGAAUAAAUACUGGCUGUCCUCAGCCUGCGGCUCAGACUUCUACAUGGCUCCUGAAGUCUGGGAGGGACACUACACGGCCAAGGCAGACAUCUUUGCCCUGGGCAUUAUCAUCUGGGCAAUGAUAGAAAGAAUCACUUUUAUUGACUCUGAGACCAAGAAGGAGCUCCUGGGGACCUAUAUUAAACAGGGGACUGAGAUCGUCCCUGUCGGUGAGGCGCUGCUAGAAAACCCAAAGAUGGAGUUGCACAUCCCCCAGAAACGCAGGACUUCCAUGUCUGAGGGGAUCAAGCAGCUCUUGAAAGAUAUGUUAGCUGCUAACCCACAGGACCGGCCUGAUGCCUUUGAACUUGAAACCAGAAUGGACCAGGUCACAUGUGCUGCUUAAAAUUCAGGGCUAAGCAUCUUGGGUGUUUUUAAACUAGGUCGAUCCCUCGGGACCCACAGUCUCACCAUGUCUCGUACAGAGGACGGCAGAGAGGACAGGUGGUGGCUUGGCCGGUUGGCGAUCUCCUGACAGCUGGAUCUCGGGCAAUGUGAAGCUUUUGUUUGGGUUUCCCCCUUUUAGUUUUGCUUAAUUUUUUUUUCUUUUUUGUCUUUUUUAAUUUAAACUAUUAAGACUUCAGAGGAACAGGAAGCUAUGCUGUGGACAGGCACCAAUUUCUUUAAAGAAAUUCAAUGUGGACAAGGCAUAUGUAUAAUUUUCAAUUUUAAUUUUUAUGGGGGUUAGGGAGCUACUUUUGUUUUUGUCCUUCACUUUCCCUCUGUCUUCCUUCUUUUACACCUCUCUCAGUUCUGCUUAUAGCAUCUCACUUCCAUGGAGAAGGCCUGCCUCCCCAUAGAGAAUUUGGGGGCUUCUCCUAGAACGGGGCAUGAAGACGUAAGGCCUCCGGGCUACCUCCCUACCAGAUGCAGGAACUGCUGGACUCCGUGGUCGGCUGCCCUGGCCAGCCUUGUGCCCAGCCUUGUGAUCAGAGGUGAACCAUCUGGAAGAGGAAGACCAGGGUUGGCCAGGAGAACUCGAGAACAAAGGUCUAAACUGCGUGUUUGUUCUCUUUAAGCUGUUGGGAGCCCCAGGCCACACCAGGACUUACAGUGGUGGAAAUUCGUUCCCUCUUCUGCCCCCUGUGUAACUGGGAAGUCAGAGGAGGGUGGAGGGCGACCAUCUCCCACUCGCUGGCAGUGAAGCGCCUACCCCAGUUCUAUAAACCUACCUUCUGUUAGGAAACACUGUUGUGCCAAACUCUUUGCCUGGGACACAGCUGGGUCUUCAGCAGGCAUUCGUCACUGCUGUGAGGUCAGCACCCCUCACCUACUGUCUCCUGGAUUGUCACCUUCCCAGAUGUGUCCAGAAGUGUCCAGGUGUCACAGACUGCCUCAGGCCCUAAGAUCCAGUUGUGACCAUUGCCAUGAUAACAGGGUGUCCUGAACUGGCUGCCAUUGCCGUCUUGCAGCAAAGGGUGUGCCCUGUGUGCCAGGGUCCAUGGUGUCACACACAGUGACACACAACUGUCAAGCGCCAUCUCCCUCACCCCCAGGGACUUAACUGUUAGGUGCCCGUCCUCAGUAUAAAUAUGUCAGAUGGGUAGAGAAUGGACCUGCCUAAAACAGGGAGGUGGCAUGGGACCGGGUAGCCCCCGUGGCUGUUAGGUGCCCAUCUGUGGGCUCGUCGCCCUCAAUCUUCCCCAUCCACGACCCUCCACCUCCCCUACCGACGUCUGUCGUAGCCAUUCUCACGCUCUCCGGCAACGCUCCUGCACCCUGCCCCCCAGGCUGCUCCUCUGAACCCAUCUGCUCUCCCCCUGCAAGGAGGAGGGGCAAUGUUCUGUCUUGUCCCUCUCUCUGGACGCGACUUUGGCCACUCCAGAGGCUUUUCACCCCCUAUGGCCAAAUAGGAUAAUGUCUCUGGGGAAGGGGAAAGGAAGUCUCCCAUAUUCGUUUUUAUUUUCUGUUUUACCUAAAGCAGCAUAGGAUCAAUAGGGGAGGUAUUUGGAGGGCAUUUUGGUUGGUAUGUGACCAAGGGGGCCUUUCCCCCAAAGCAGCAACCCUUUGGCCCUGAGGGUUUGGGUGAGACCAGCACAACAUCAGGCCAGACUCAGCAAUACGUUUCUCACAUUGUUUCCACCUCCUCUCGAGUCCCCCAACGCCAUGGAUCUUCCUCGUGGGCAGAGAGUGGGCUGCCGUGAGGAGGAUUCUUCGGGGCCACAGGCGGUGACCAGGCCCUGCCCUUCCAGGGCCGAGUCCAUUGCGACUGCUCAUCUCUCAUCUUCUCCGACUUCUCAGUACCUCCUGAGUACCCCAAGUCGCAGCUGGGAAGAUCCAACAGCGGCGUCCCCUAAUGACAGUGCACACCCCUCUGCCCGCCCCUCCCAGGAGCAGCUGUCUCUGUACGCGAGCAGAUGGGAAAACUCAGCACGCCCUCUGUCCUAGGCUGCAGCCCACGCUCUAACAUCCCCAGCAAGGCUCCAGUCUAACAAGUUUCUUCAUUUUUGCCUAUUUUUUCCCUCUGGCCUGCCCAGGUGCUGUAGCUCUGUCUAAAGUUCUUAGAGCUGUAGUGCUUCCUGUGCUGUCUUUCUUGGUGUCAGGUGGCAAGUACAGGUCCCUGUAGGUCACACAUGGACAGCAUGGUAGGGGCACCAACUUCCAUGGCCCCCAUAUCUUUGGGACUCCCAGCCAGCUCUGGCUUGGUGGCAGAGCUCCUUCCCUAGCUCACGUGAGGGCCAGCUCUUCAGCCCCAAGUGCCUGUCCCUCCCUCUCCUGCUUUCUCUACUUUGCCCACCUCAGACACCCAGCCGGCUAGGUGGGAGUCGGCCCAAGCGAGCGUUGGCUCUGCCCCAGUCAGUGGACUGGCUCCGGCUGGCACCUGCGGUCUUCGCAGCACACCUGCGCCUGCCGCUCCCCCCAGGUCUCAGGCCUGCCAGCAGCUCCCUGUGCACCGUCUCAGCACCACCGCGUUCGCUGGACCUGGCCAGGUUCUAGGAGUUUCUGAACCUUCCACAUGGGUCAUCCAUUCUCUUCUCCUUGGCUCUGUGACGAGGCUAGCCUGUUGGAGGGAGGAUCUUGGCCUCAGCCGUUCGGGUCUGAGCUUGGUUUCCCUGUCAGCGAGAGGAAUCAGCAGGACAGAUCAUAGUGCCUUAUUCCAUUGUCCUCCCCCGGCCACACCUCCCGGCUCUGCUGGAAGGGCGUGGCUUCUACCUGUGUUCAUCUGUCCCUUGCCCUCUCACUCUCUCCCGCUCCCAGAGAGCCACGGGGGAAGGGUCCCCCACCCGGCCCCCCUCGCCCUCUUCCUGAGGGCUGUAGCCAGAUCCGCGCAGCACCAGGGCACUCACUAGCAGCUCUAGCCCGGGACGGAAAAACUGUGCUUCAGACAGGUGCACACUGUCUGCCUCUUACCUCUAGCCAGGAGGAUGCCGCAGUCUGUUCACUCAAGACUGGCUCCAUCUGACCCCUUUCUGGGCACCGGGGACUAAGGUUCGCAGGCCUCAGCCUCAUCUCAUCCCAGAGGCAUUGGGACAGUAGAGUAGGAAUUCUUUCCUCCCACCCAGACGUGGUAUGCCCCCUUGGCCUUUCCGUGGGGGUAUGUUAAAUGUUUACUUAAGAAGUACCCUGUUUACAGCUGGAGGAGAAACAUGCCCAGCACUGGGUGGAGAUUUGAUUCUCUGGACAGGGCCUGCCCUCCUCUAUGGCGCUGCCAGUGGGGUCCCCAGAGCAAAUGAAGGCAGCGAUGCCCGGGACAGAGGCGAGCACCCUUCACUCCCUCUGCUCCCCACCCUGUGGUGCUAGGACCACUCGCCCUCUUCCCUGCAGCCUCCUCGCCCUGCACAUUCCCACCUCCAUCAUUCCUUUCCUCCCGUGUUCUCAGCUCUCUAACAUAUCAGUUGUCUCUUGUCCUAGAAAACCAGUGUUGAAGCAAUAAGAUUAUUAUUUUUGCUUGAAUCUUUUCUAAGAGAAGUAAAAGAGUUGGCAUUGUGGGAAUCUUUCUUUUUAUGCUGUUGGCUGUUUACCUUUUAGAAGACAGAUCUUAACAGGAUGGCUGUCUGGAUUAUCUUUUGGAAAUUUGGGGAGGCAAGCGUCGGGCUGCCACCCCCUAAGGAGGAGUCCCUAACUCUCUGCUCUCGCCUGGCUCCACACCGCCCCUUCCAGCCCUGUCCACCAAGUGUCCCUCCUACCACCAGUCCUGCUCCUACGCCCCUCCUCCCCCCACACCUAGGGGCACUUGCGGCUCUUAUCCUUCCCCUUGACCUGUUUUCCCCUCCUAGGCCUGUGUGGCAGCCCCCAGAUAGACACAGCUGCUGGGAGUCUCCUAGGGCCUGACAACCUCAGAACAGCCACACUGACAUUCAGCUCUUCAGGCCACCGGGUUCCGGAGGCAGAAGCCUAGAGAUAUUGCAUCUGCCAUCCUCCCAUGGCGCAGCACAGCCCUCGAGACAGCACAGGUCCCUCUCUGAUCCUGCCCUACCUAGCCUGUGGGGGGCUGGGGGGGUCCCAUCUGGAGAGAUGCCCUCAAUGGGUAACCAGUAGGUGUGGCAUAGGAGUGGCCAAUGUCAGCAUCUACAGCCACCACUGAGAGAUGAAUCCACUGCCGUUGGCUGCCCGAGGGCCCGCUAAGAUUGCAAGGGUAUCAGAAGGUCAGCCCCAUGUGUUUUCCAGGAGAGGCCACAGGAGGAAGGGAGCCUGUUCAGGGGCAUUUAAAGAAAUCUUCUGUGCCCAGGGACCGCUUUCCAUCAGAGCAGGGGAGUCUAUUUCAGUGACUUUUAAAAUACUGACGUGGAGCAGACUUGAGUGUGAGGGAGGGUUUAAGCCAGGCACAAAGUUAGUUUCAAAUACUAGUUAAUAAAUCUAUUUUUCUUUAUUUCCUUUUUUUGCACAGAAGCUGGUAAUCUAGGACCUACAUUGUGAAACAACUUUAUAUGAAUAUUUUUUGUACUUGGUUUACUUGGGUUGGUAUGAUACAUUAUAUUUAAGUUCCUUGAACACUGUGGAUCCCCUAAUAUGUAUGAAUGACUGAGGCUUUGUAAAUUAAGGGACGUUUGUGUGAAUAAAGUUAUUUGAUGGGGUCAAAGAAGCCAUA